AUGGAUCUGCACGGUCUUGUGUUUAUGACGAUAUUUUCACUGCCCUGCUAUGCAUUAAAUACCAGCGGUUUGUACUUCAACCAGGACGAAGUGCAAUCUUUGAGCGAAUUACCGCUCGACAAGCUGAUACAGAUAAAAUCCUCGUUCGCUAGAAAAAUUUCAGGCUCAGAUGACUACGACCUGAUACCGGAGGCUCGCACUAGAUCAGCGUCAGUUGUGCCAAUGGCGAUGUCCCUGAGACGAACAUCCGGAAGUAAUAAUGGGCUAAUUCGCCGUCACGGGAUGGAGGAGGAAAAGGGCAAGGACUCUAAGAUAUCGAAGAUAUUUCAGCUGACGGUGACGGCGCUCUCGUUUUUGGCCUUUGGUGGGUAUCUGUUGACACUCAUCGUCACCGCUAUCAAGCGCAACCAAAUCAACGUAAAUCCUGGCGUCAUUGGCCUCAACAGCUUGCAAAAAAUCAAAAGACCCAAGCGGGGACUGUUGGUUCUCGACCCGGCAGAAAACGAAUACGACACGGAAAGGAUGUACAGGGGAAUGAUAAUGCUCUCGAGUGACUACAGCAGACACUACCAUUGA